UAAAACGAGGAUUGCGCGCCUCCAAGUCACACUAACAUCCAGCACUUUCGACAUGAAGGGUAUCGGAGUCAUUCUGUGCUGCGUCCUGGCGGUGGUUUCAGCCCACGGAGGCAGACCUGGAGGCUUCCCUGGUGGAGUCGCCGGAGGUUUCCCUGGCGGAGUCUCUGGCGGCUUCCCUGGUGGAGUCCCUGGAGGUUUCCCUGGCGGAGUCCCUGGAGGAUUUCCUGGCGGACAACCCGGAGGCUUCCCUAGCGUCACAGCCCCACCCGCCACCUGUAGGCGAUGGUGCAGAACUCCAGAACAGCAAGCUUACUGCUGCGAAACGGCGUUUGAACCUGAGGCGCCCGUCGGCACCAAGCCACUUAACUGCCCACGAGUCCGUGACACCUGCCCACCAGUACGUUUUGGUGGACAGCCACCAGUAACCUGCUCCAGCGACUACAAGUGCGGCGGCCUUGACAAGUGUUGCUUCGACAGGUGUUUGGGAGAACACGUGUGCAAGCCACCUUCCUUCUAUAACCAGUUCGGUUGAAAACGAAAAUUAAACCUAUUUAUUCAUUCCUGUAAUAUCCAUGACUAAUAAAUGUUUUGUUUUCAAA